ACAAUAUUUCGAGGUUAAUGUUAACAUUUUUAAAAACAAUUUAUAAAAAUAUUCAAACAUUGAUAUUUCGUAUUUUUUAUUUAUUUACUAACUACUAAAAUCCAACUAAAAGAACUUAAUAAUUAAUAACCUCAUUACAAGUGUAAACAAGUAACGUAUACAAAUUAAAUAUGCCGAAAUCAAAAAGGGAUAAGAAGAUUUCACUGACCAGAACUACCAAACAGGGUUCUAAACUUAAGCAGUCUAUUAUGGAAAAACUCCGUGAUGCUGUUGAAACGUAUGAAAAUAUAUUUGUAUUUUAUACUGAUAAUAUGCGGAACGGAAAAUUAAAAGAUGUACGAAACGAAUGGAAAGACAGCAGAUUUUUCUUUGGUAAAAACAAAGUUAUGGCAUAUGCUCUUGGAAAAACAGCACAGGACGAAAUUCAUAGUAACUUGCAUAAGUUGGCUCAAAAAAUUGAAGGACAGUGUGGACUGUUGUUUACUAACAAGCCUGUUGAUAAAGUUAUAGAAUGGUUUGAUAACUACUCUGAACCAGAGUAUCCUAGAGCCGGUGCUCGAGCUGCAUACGCAGUGACAUUAAAUGAAGGGCCUCUCCCAGACACAUUCAUUCAUUCUAUGGAACCUUCGUUAAGAGAACUUGGUUUGCCAACAAGUUUACAACGUGGAGUCAUACAAGUAUUGAAAGAUCACACAAUAUGCAAAGAAGGGGCCAUAAUUACUCCUGAACAAUCUAGAUUACUUAAACUAUUUGGUCAUCAAAUGGCAGUGUUUAAAAUUACUAUGAAGUUUGUGUGGUCAAAAGAUGGCAGUUUUCGAUCUUUGACGGCCGAGUGAUUUUUUUUAAUUCUGUUGUAUAUAAUAUAAUAAACACGUUUUCUAUUAAACUCAUAUUGUUUAAAUGAUGGUAAAUAAAACUUGUAUAUUAUGUUCCUUC